AUGCCGAAACUAAGACUGUGUGGUGAGGUGACGGACGGAUACAAGCGUUUCUUCGGUGGCAAGACGUACAAGAACGUGCCGGUACCGCUGGACGCCAUCCCAGUGUCCAUCGAGGCGGCACUAUCCUGCCGCGUAAGCAGCGUUACUGAGGCUCGCGGCGAGCUGUACAUGGACGACGAGCGUUCGCUGGCUGCUGAGCUGGAGGGUGAGGGCACGGUGGUGACGUUCCACCAGACGAAGGAGGGACUGCGGCCAAGUGCGCUACAAGGAGCGCGAACUACUGCAGAGUAUCAAGGAGAACGCCAAUGA